AUGUCUGUGAUCCAAGCGAAAAAUACCGCCCUCAUCACUGGAGCUGCCUCGGGGGUCGGUUUUGCUGUCGCAAAGCUGUGUCGCACCAAGGGAAUGCAUCUUGCUCUGGUGGAUAUUGACAAAGACAAUCUCGAGAAGGCAAAGAAUGUUCUCCAUGAACUUGACUCGUCACUCAAAACUGAGGCCUACGCUUUUGAUGUCGCCGACAUUGGCGCUUGGAAGCAAACCGCCGCAGGAGUUGGCAAGGCCUUCCCCGAUCUUGAUCUCGUGGUGCUCAAUGCGGGGAAAGGCUACAAGCCUCGGGAAGCUUCUCCGAGCGGCCUCAAACAGUGGCUGGAUGGAGACUAUUGGCGAAAGACCUUUGAGACCAAUGUAUCCGGCCCGCUAAACGGUGUGGAGGCUCUUCUUCCUCUUCUCCUCUCGAAAUCCCAAACACCCAAGUCUAUUGUCGUGACCGGUUCGAAACAAGGAAUGACGAAUCCGCCUGGUGGAAAAAACCCGGCCUACAAUGCGUCCAAGGCUGCGAUUAAGAGUCUAACCGAGCACCUCUCCCACGACUUGCGAUCUGAUCCGGCAACUGCUCAUAUCUCCGUCCACCUCCUGGUUCCUGGUUGGACAUGGACUGGGAUGAUGGGGAACGUUGGAGUCACCAAUGAAGAGGAAGUCAAAAAGAUGCCUGGCGCCUGGUACCCGAGUCAAGUAGCGACCGAACUAUUGAAUGGAUUGGAAAAGGGGUCUUUCUAUAUUAUCUGUCCCGAUGGUGAGACGGAUCGUGCUCUGGACCAAGCUCGGAUUAAAUGGGGUGCUGAAGACGCUGUUGAGGGUAGACCGGCACUGUCCCGGUGGGAGGACAGCUGGAAGCAUCGUGCUGAUGAGGCGAUCCAAAAAGAAGCAAACCAGAGACGCGAAUAA